CAGCCAAUAUAAGGCUCUUGCUUUCGUCCUGUAGGACAGUUUUUUCUCCUUUCAAUUUUUUUUUUUGUUUUCCUCCAUGUCUGGACGUGGCAAAGGCGGCAAAGGACUCGGGAAAGGCGGCGCCAAACGACACCGCAAGGUCCUGCGAGAUAACAUCCAGGGCAUUACCAAGCCUGCCAUCCGGCGCUUGGCUCGGCGCGGCGGCGUCAAGCGCAUUUCCGGGCUCAUCUACGAGGAGACUCGCGGUGUCCUCAAAGUGUUCCUGGAGAAUGUGAUCCGGGACGCUGUCACCUAUACCGAGCACGCCAAGCGCAAGACGGUCACAGCUAUGGAUGUGGUCUACGCGCUCAAGCGCCAGGGCCGUACUCUGUAUGGCUUCGGCGGCUGAGUGCUACCACCGGCUUCAGAUCUUCGGUCUCUUGCACCAACACCCUAACCCAAAGGCCCUUUUCAGGGCCCCCAAAGCAUCAAGAAAAGAGCUGGGGAUACUUGCAUAGCUGGAAGAGGGUUCUCAACCCCGGGCUAGGUUAUUACAGAGAUGGCUGGUUGCUUACAUUGUAGCAUAUGCAAAUCAGGCCGCGUGAGAGCACGUUCUCAUUGGAGCGGUGGGUCAUCGGCUCCGCCCGCGGAUGAACUGCGUGAUGAGGUAUGCUUGCUGAGUGCUGUAAGCCUAAGUGAAUUUUUUUUUUCGCUUGUUUCUGGGUGCCAGGCCGAAAGCUGACGCUGCGUAGUUCCGUCCCGCCUUGCGACCUCUAGACCUGGGAAGGGGUGACUUGUGGCGUUUGCUCUCCAGGGAAAAUAUUGACUCAUUUCUUAAGGACAGCGGGAAACUGAGGAGUGGGGCGGAGGCUUGGAACCCCCAAAAUAAAGUGACUCUGUAGCGUAAACUCGGUUUUCUCAACUGUAACUAUUUGCCUGCCCCUAGAUGGUGUCUUCUGGGACCAGGGAAGGAAUCGGGGUCUAACUUUAGCUCAGUCUGGUCAGCUCCUUAAAUUUGGGUACACAGACCGGGAUAAGUCUCAUUUUAAGACUCCUUACUCCUUAAGUCCGGAGUGUAGGACUUAAAGAACCUGGGCUGCUCUUAGAGACCUGUUGGUUUCUCAGCACCCAGGUGGGUUAGCUCACAGUCACUUGUAACACCAGCUCCAGGGCGCCAAAAUGCGUUUGGCUUCCUUGGGCACCUGGGCUCAGGUCUGCAUUCCCACUCUUCCGUACCAAAACUAAUAACAGUAAUUUUUUUUCAAUGCCUAAAGUUUUUUGACAUUUGAAGUUCACUAGUCUUCUCACUGGCAUAUAGGAGAGGGGGGCAUUUCUGGGGUUCCCUCAGCAGAAACCUGGGAUUUCAUUAGGAACGGUGGUCUCGUGUGAAAUGCUUCCUAUGUGCCGUUCUUUAGCCGCAGAUUUACUUUAAGUAUUGUUAAUGAAGAGAACACUUCAUAGCUGUGGAUGGGACGACGAAGAAUAGAAACUUCGAAGCUGGAUUUUACACAGCUUCAUCUUAUGUACCCCUGUUUUUGCCAGCCAGGCUCCCCUUUCCCAUUACUGACUUUUUCACUUCCACUUUCUGAGCACAUGUAACGCUGGUGUAAAUUUCAGAGCCAUGUUAGUCUAACGAACUCAUCUCUUCAAGCAAGUGAAAA